GUACACUAAUUCACGCACGCCAAGCAACGGGACUAACCGGGUGAACAGCGCGAGUCCACAGCACAGUCCCCACCGAAGAAGAGUCAUACAUUGAACCUUCAGCGCCUUCUUAAAGCCCAUCUCUGCUCACGAGACAUCCUCUAUGCUCCAGCCACAGACGCAGCAAUGAAGCCAGCAGCCACUCGAUCAUUACUCCGCUCCAUAAGCGAGCGAGACAGCCAAACCCUGGCCCUCCCAGAUGGCCGCCUCCUCGGCUACGCCGAGUACGGCCACUCGACCGGCCGACCCAUCCUCUUCCUCCACGGCUUUCCAGUCUCGCGCCUCGAGGCCCUCGCCCUAGACAAGAUUGCCCGCCGCCGCCGCCUGCGGGUCAUCUCGCCCGACCGGCCCGGGUUCGGCCUCUCCACCUUCCAGCCGCGCCGCCGCAUCGCCGACUGGCCCGCCGACGUCAGCGCCCUGGCGGCGCAUCUGAAACUGGGCCGCUUCGCCAUCAUGGGCACGUCUGGCGGCUCGCCCUACGCGCUGGCGUGCGCGCAUGCGCUGCCGCGCGAGACGAUGUCGGCUGUGGGAAUCAUGGGCGGGAUGGGAUCCUUUGAUCCGGGCACGAAGCACAUUCCGAUGGGGUCGUGGACGUUGGGCAUGGCGUCGCAGUAUUGGCCUGCCGGAGUAAGGAUCGUGGCCGACGCGUUGAUGGGUGCGAUUCGGUGGGUUGCGACGACUGGGAUGGUGACGAGAUGGAUCGACGGCUUUCUGGAAGAGUCGAGUCGAAAGAAGAAGGAAGCUGCUGCGGCAGCGGCAGUGGAAGGCUCAGCAACGGCAGAAGAGGAACCGGACGAAGCAGCGGAAGAGGAAGCACAACUGUCGACGGCGGAACGAAGGGAAAGGCUACUGCGCACUUUGUUCGACGGCUUUGCGCAGGGCGCAAAGGGAAUGGUGCAAGAGGCACAGCUGGUGUCGCAAGAUUGGGGAUUCAGGUUGGAGGACGUUUCCUACGACCCGAUCCUGUUGUGGCACGGAACGAAAGACUCAAACUCGCCGAUUGGGUGGGUGCGGUCCAUGGCUGAGCGGUUGCCGAAUGGAGUCCUCAAGGAGUUUGAGGGCGACACGCAUUUCACCAUAGUCAAUCAUCUGGACAAGAUCCUGUCUGACCUCGUCCCAGAUGAGACGUCGGCAAAAUCUUCGGACGGCACUGCAGCGCAGUAGCGUCUGUUGUCUCUCUCCUCAUGUCCUCGCCAACCCAGUCAUUUGAGUGCUUCGUUGGCAGGAGCUACCUUUGUACUGUAAUUACUUGACUACCCUCCUCACUAGGCAUUAUCGUCUUAACCCUACUCUAGUAAUGUAUGAUACGAGUCCUGGUUUCCGUCUCCGAACUUUUGUUGUGUGGUCUUUCUGUAUUAUAACUGAACAAUGGCUACUAAAUGGGCGUCGAGAAUGGUCUUCGGAACGGCAUGCCUUCGACAUCAUUACCAAGGAUGGUCGCGUCAAGCCAAACGCACUGCAGCCAUCCACAUACGAAGGUGA